AUGGCAGCAGAUAUAUCACAUCGCUUCCCGUCCGUUGAGGAGACGCUCAAACAUCCUGCCUAUCCGGACGCCAUCUGGGCUCUACAGCCUGAGCAGCAUGGCCUUUGUGCCGCAGCAAAGGAUCGAGGUGGGCCGAUCAACAUUGCGUGGGAGAUUCACGGCAAGGGGCCCAUUAAGCUGGUCUUCAUCAUGGGCCUCGCUGGUCUCAAGACGGCGUGGCAGCGUCAGACGCGCUACUUCGGCCACGAUCGAUCCGAUCGUUACUCUGUUCUGCUCCUCGACAACCGAGGUAUCGGUGGCAGCGACAAACCGCUGGGCCGGUACUCGACCUCGGAGAUGGCCCGCGACGUUCUCGACGUUCUCGACCACGUCGGCUGGACGGAUCCGCGUACCAUCAACCUCAUCGGCAUCUCCCUUGGUGGCAUGAUUGCCCAGGAGCUCGCCUGCGUAGCGCCCGAGCGGCUCCAGUCUCUCUUCCUCCUCUGCACCACGGCUCACGCUCGGAGCGGCAAGUCCCUUCCGCAGGCCCUCUGGGAGCGCAUCCCCAUGCUCAAGCCCAAGCCCGAGGGCGAGGCCAUAGCCGACACGGCCCAGCAACUCUUCGUUCCCGACUGGCUCCUCGCUCCCGACGAAGAGACGCCUCCCUCCGCCUCGUUGACGCCCAAGUGCGGCCCGCCCUCCGACGGCGGCGAGUACAAGCUCUUUGAUUCCAACUUUCAGCGCUUCCAAGCGCAGGAGUUGGCGAAGCGCCGCCUCGAGGGUGCCUUUCCCGUCCAUGGGUUCCUGUGUCAGCUCAUAGCGGCCGGUUGGCAUCACAAGUCGGACGCCCAGCUGCGCGACAUGGCCGACGCCGUCGGUCGCGAAAGGAUCGUCGUCCUUCACGGCACAGCUGAUAACAUGCUGUCGACGGACAACGGGCAGAGGCUGAUUGACGUCAUCGAACCAGCCGUCGCCUUGAUUGAGGAGGGCAUGGGACACGCGCCCAUCAUGGAGAGGGCCAAAUGGUUCAACGAGCUUCUCGACGAGAAGCUAGCGGCGUGUUCAAUGCUGUAA